AUGGCCACCACCGGCCCGCACCGGCUGUCUGCGUGGAAGGUGCGGUACUUCUCGCUGGUGGACAACGUCCUGACGUAUGCCAAGGACGAGAAGAGCGAGCCGUCAGGCACCAUUGUGCUGUCGGAAAACUACUCUGUGGAAGAGGUCUCCUGGCGCAUGGAUCCGUUCUUUUAUUUCGACAUCGUCACUCCGGGUCGGACCUACCACCUGCGGGCAAACAAGGACGCAUCGCGCAAGGCCUGGAUCAACGCUCUUACGGCUGCAAAGUCGCGCUCGGUCCACGAGCUCUCGCCGCUUGCCCGCGAGAUCCAGACGCUCGAUGGCGAGCAGCUGCAGGAGCUGUGCAUGGCCCUGGUUGGCGGCAUCGAGGUCAAGUCGCGGAGCUACCAUCUCAAGUCGUACGACGAGUGCUUUGUCGCUUCCGAGGCCGUCGACUGGGUUGUCGCGCACUACGGCGCCGAGUCUGAUCGUGCGGCGGCGGCGGCGGCUCGCGGCGAUCCGUCGCCGCUGCUGUGCUCGGGUCAAAUGACCCGUGCGUUUGCGGUGACCUUGCUGCAGCGUCUUGUCGAGGCGGGUUUUGUCGUCCACGUCGCCGACGAAGACAAGGCUGUCCAGGACGGCUUCCUCUUCUUCCGCCUCACCGACCUUCUGGCGUCAUCGUACAAGCUCUCGCACGGAACCGAGGCGAGCGGCAGUGCUGGCGUGGGGGCGGAUGAGGGUGCAGGUGUGGGGGCGGGUGCUGCCGCGGCUUCGUCGGGCGUAGGCGGCGCUGGCGCCGGCGACGGCCUCUUACGGAGCGAGUUGGCGGGCCCGGACGGUGGGAGCAUGAUCGGACGGACGCCUGGUGGCCUCACGCCGUCGUCGCUCAUCCCGCCGUCUCCGGCGCAAUCGAUGGUGGCCAUUGCCAAGCUCGAGUCGCAGGUCCAGGACUUGCAUGAAGACCUCGCUGCGGCGCGGUCGGCGCGGCUGGCAGCCGACGAGGCCCACGCUGCAGAGGUCGCGGCGCUCAACGCGCGCGUCCAAGAGCUCUCCGACGAGCUGAGCAAGCGGCCGCGGUGGGUUUCGGACUCGGAGCGGCCGAGUUGCUUUGGCUGCCAUGACGGCUUUACCUUUUUCAAGCGCAGGCACCACUGCCGGGUCUGUGGCGAGGUCUUUUGCUCGACAUGCUGCCACGACCGGUUGCCCAUCAUCCGCGACGCGCCGGACCGCAUCCGGGUCUGCGACGGCUGCGCGCUGGUGCUCGGGUGAGGGGCUGUAAACAUGAGGUUUUAGAAAG